AUGAACCCCACUCGUUGCAAAGCAGACGCGGCUUCCGAAACAGAUCUGAUGUUUUUCGGCUCUCUCGACACCAUUGCCAAUGACGCUCUAUCCCGCACCGCUGCGACGAGGUCACUGGCCGCACGGUCUGGUGACAACUGCUGUACUCCGCCCGUCGAUCUUUGGUUGGGAGUACGAUUAUAUAUGAGAUCUGAUCUUUCCCGCCGCAAUCCGAACCGUGGGACGUUAUCGAAUACCGUAUAUCGUUCCAUGCCAGAAUACUUCUAUAGAUUCCUUCUAAUUGGCUGGAAUGGAAUCCAUCAAAUUUCGCACACGAAAAUGCUCUCCAAACUUCUUGGCACUCUCCACCCUCUCAACCCACAUACUACACUCCUGCCUCAAGCUUUAUUCCUCUCCUCCUUAUCAUCUUUGCUUCUUUUGUCACAUUCCAAUUCCUACAAGAUGCUCUCCUAUUCCACCAUUUGCACUUCCAAUGCCUGUAACCCACUUCGCUUUCGCUUGAUUAUUCUCGUCCUUCUCGUCCUUCUCGUCCUUCUUGUGUUUUCUUGGCUUAUACCUUGCAUGCGCUCCAAUAAACUCCACUGGGUGAAGAUCCUACUCCCAAGCCUUGUCCCCAUCUGUCUCCAAGUCUUUCGGUUUACGAUGCAACUUCUCGGCGGCGGGGACGGUGAAGACUCCACAACCCAAAUCAGUAUCGACAAAUCAGAAGUCUUGAAUGCUUGA